AUGUUACCACAGCAGGCGGUCUGGCUUGCCCAUAUCUGGUAUUGGCUACUCGGCUUGGAUCUUGAAAAGCUGGUUCUCCUCAUGAUCUGCAUGUUUAGCGCCGGCUUCUGCGUUUUCGUGUUGAUGACGGUUGAGAGGACAGACGAUGACGAAAUCGAAGAGAUUCUACGCAGACGGCGAAGAGCGCGCUGGAAAGAUAUCGCCGCCAUCGGAGUCGUUCCAAGAGAGAUUGCUGAAUCGGGAGCAAUCCGCUAUUCUGCCACCGAAGAUUGCAUGCAUAUAGCCGAA